UAUUAUGCCAUUCAUAGAUCAGUUAUUAAUAUAUCAUCUCUGACAGGAUUUGAGCUAACAGACGAUACUUCAACAACACCGGGAUAAAAAUUGGAUAUCUGGCGCCUUAGAGAAUCAGCCCUAUAAGUAUUAAGUAUGGGAGACAUAUCUGGCAUCACAGCCUAUUUAAAGAUUACAAAAUACGUCCCAUGCAGUUCCAAAACACCGUGCAGAAUCCUGACCUACACCAUCAUUACCGCUUUUGCCAUUUCCGCUUUACUCAGCUUUGUGAAAUUAUCCGACUUUUAUACGAAAAUACGGGUGUCGAUUCCCUACCCAAAAGCUGUGGCAAAAAGUCGAUUACAGGAAAGAGAAACCACUACGUAUUCUCUUGCGGCAGUCAUCUCCGCCACGCCCAACAAGCCUAAGGUGAUUCUGUCCUGGCGUCCCGUGCCGGGGUGGGACUUCAUGCACCUCAGAGACUACGCCAAGCCGGUCUUUAAAUCCAUUGGCUGCAAAGUAGAUAACUGUAUAUACACUGAGAAAAAGUCUUUAGCUGAUAAAAGUGACGCUAUUGUUUUUAUAGGCAGAAGUUUGGGAAGCAAACCCCAAAAAUUGCCCCAUCAACGCUGGAUAUGGGUAACCCUCGAGAGCUCGUGUUACACCGAAGCCGCAGAAACCGGAGGUGUUUGGGCAGGGAUGUUUAACUGGACCAUCUCAUUUCGGAGAGACUCGACCUUUUUUCUUCCAUAUGGUUACGCCAAGAAACGAUCGACCCCUAUUACUAAAAAUUUCACCAAAAUUGCGCUCAAGAAAACUAAAAAGGUGGCCUGGAUGGUCAGCGACUGUGGGACACGGGGUCAAAGAGAAAGAUAUGCCUCAGAACUUAAGAAAUACAUCUCAGUUGAUGUGUACGGUGCGUGUGGCCCCUUUAAGUGUUCAAAACGCGACAAUGAAAAAUGUUUGGACAACAUUAGCAAUGACUACAAGUUUUACCUGUCCUUCGAGAAUAGUAUCUCAACUGAUUACGUCACAGAGAAAUUUUGGAAAAUGUUUGAUCGAGACAUUGUAACGGUAACGAGAGGUCCGGCAAAUUAUUCAAGGGCUGGAAUAAAACCCGAGUGGCACAUCAAUACGAACGAUUUUAAAUCUCCUAAAGAUUUAGCAGACUAUCUGAAAUACCUGGACGGCAAUGUCAAGGCAUAUGUUAAAUAUUUAGAGUGGAAGAACCAGUAUGUUGGACUGUUCCCAAAAGCAGAUGUAUACUGUGAUUUAUGUGCCAAAUUAAACGACCCCAGUGAACCGGUGACAUGGUACCCGCCGGGACAACUGGCCAAGUGGUUUAUAGAUGGACACUGUAUUCCUCCCAAUGAUUUGAAUUUUAACACUUAAAAUACCCCCGAAACCAAUUUAAAGUAUGGAGUGAGGGGUUAAUGUACGGUACAUGUAAAUGAUACAUAUACAGUGUAGCUGAGAACAGAUCAUAUUUCACUAUUUGAUUGUAUCAUGCUAUUGUCUCUUGGUUUGUAAACACAUCCCAUUUCUCAACUAACGCAAUAGAUGUAAGUAUGGUUGCGACAGGAAUGGUUGUCAUGGGGAUAAUCCGGGGUCCCGGGGUUGCAAGUCAUUACAAAUGUUUAUAUUGUGAAUUAAUGGUACCAUCUUCAGAUAUUAUAUUGUUUCCAUUUCUAAAUGGUAUAACAUAUGCAUGGGGUUUGUAUAUUUAAACCAA